CUCUGGCAUGCAGGAAAGAUGGAGAGGAGAGGGAAGGAGGUGUGAAGUCACUGUUGCUGCUACUAGAAGGGCCAGAGAGAGCCCAGGCUGGACAGGCAAAACCUGGCCUCGCCAGACUCCCAGAGCCUGCACAGAGUGUGUGGCUGAGAAGUCCGGAUUCUGGUGCCAGACCGACUGGCUAGUGAGAAGCCUGGCACUGCCAGGUCAGGUUAGUGCAUUUUUUCUUGUUUGUUUUUUUAUUUUUGAGACAGAGUUUCACUCUUGUCCCCCAGGCUGGAUUGCAAUGGCACGAUUUCAGCUCACUGCAACCUCCGCCUCCUGGGUUCAAGCCGUUCUCCUGCCUCAGCCUCCUGAGUAGCUGGGAUUACAGGUGCCCACCACUAAGCCUGGCUAAUUUUUUGUAUUUUUAGUAGAGAUGGGGUUUCACUAUGUUGGCCAGGCUGGUCUCAAACUUCUGACCUCAGGUGAUCCACCCGCCUCGGCCUCCCAAAGUGCUGGGAUUACAGGCAUGAGCCACCGCACCAGGCCAGGUUAGUGCACUUCUGUGAGCCUGAGUGUCCUCCUUGAAACGGUGACAAUAAUAUACCAAGCCUCUUAAGAUCACUCAUUCAACACAUACUGGAGAGUCUGCUGUGUCAGGCAUUGUUCUCGGAUAUUGUUAGGAUUCAGUGGUACCCAGCAAGGACUCAGUAAAUUCCAGCUACUGUUCCUAUUAGGUCGCCAGUAUAAAUGCUUGAUGAGUGAAUGAAUGACUUCUAUCUGGGACUUGGUUGCAAAUAAAGCCGAGCUGCAUCUUAGGGAGGGGUGGAGACUUUGCCCUGUUUGUGCCUUGAAGCCAGCAGGGCCUUGCCCUAGGAUAUCUCCACCCACCCUCGUGCCCAGCAAGUGGAGGCCCGCAGCCCGAGUGUCGGCGCCAUGACUUCGUCGCAGCUCUUCCGCGCGCUGGUGUCAGCGCAAUGGGUGGCCGAGGCGCUGCGGGUCCCGCGCGCUGGGCAGCCCCUGCAGCUGCUGGACGCCUCCUGGUACCUGCCGAAGCUGGGGCGCGACGCGCGACGCGAGUUCGAGGAGCGCCACAUCCCGGGCGCCGCCUUCUUCGACAUCGACCAGUGCAGCGACCGCACCUCUCCCUACGACCACAUGCUGCCCGGCGCCGAGCAUUUCGCGGAGUACGCAGGCCGCCUGGGCGUGGGCGCGGCCACCCACGUCGUGAUCUACGACGCCAGCGACCAGGGCCUCUACUCCGCCCCGCGCGUCUGGUGGAUGUUCCGCGCCUUCGGCCACCGUGCCGUGUCACUGCUUGACGGCGGCCUCCGCCACUGGCUGCGCCAGAACCUCCCGCUCAGCUCCGGUAAGAGCCAACCUGCUCCCGCCGAGUUCCGCGCUCAGCUCGACCUCGCCUUCAUCAAGACCUACGAGGACAUCAAGGAGAACCUGGAAUCCCGGCGCUUCCAGGUGGUGGACUCCCGAGCCGCCGGAAGGUUCCGCGGCACCGAGCCUGAGCCCCGAGACGGCAUUGAACCUGGCCACAUCCCGGGUACCGUGAACAUCCCCUUCACAGACUUCCUGACCCAGGAGGGGCUGGAGAAGAGCCCUGAGGAGAUCCGCCAUCUGUUCCAGGAGAAGAAAGUGGACCUGUCUAAGCCACUGGUGGCCACGUGUGGCUCUGGCGUCACGGCCUGCCACGUGGCACUAGGGGCCUACCUCUGCGGCAAGCCCGAUGUGCCCAUCUACGAUGGCUCCUGGGUGGAGUGGUACAUGCGUGCCCGGCCCGAGGAUGUCAUCUCAGAGGGCCGGGGGAAGACCCACUGACGCUAGGCAGGACACAGGCAAGCUCAGGUGAUGCCGGCUACCAGCAAUGCCUGGCCUGGUAGCUCCGUCUCUGCUUUCACCAAGAGAGUGUUUCUUCACUCAGCUCAGGUGGCUUUUGGGGUGACAUCUCGAAGGCCAGGAAUUCCGUUGACUUGUUGGCUGCCAGUGGGGGCGGGAGGAAAGGCGGAGGCAAGCCCUGGAGGAGGGAGGCCACAACUCCGAGCUGCCCACCUGGUGCUGAGCUGGGGCCCCGCCUCCUUUCUGUUUUAUUUUUGAGGAAAUAAAACAACCAAGUGCUAAAUCUU